GAAAUAUCUUUUCCAUUCAUUGUGCUUUGCUGCAUAUUCGCUGAAAAUCCGAAAUCCAUAGAUGUGAAGAAAAUUUGUGUAUUUCAUAUUCAAAAUUAAGAUUAUAGAGUGUGAUAGAAACUAAUAAAUACAAAAAUAAGCACUAGUUCCUCUUUUAGUGAAAUACCAAUGAACAAACAUCAACAGUAAUUGUGUAUCAAACCACCAUGAUUUAAUUAAUUCAUAACUACAUAACAUAAAAAUAGCAGAAACGUUGUCGGACAUAUGUACAUACAUGACAAAAAAUAAUAGCUACGCAUAAUAUAAUAGAAGUGUUGUGAAAGGCGAACUUGAAUUGACAUUAAAUGGGUGAAGUGCGCAACAUUCGCACAAACGAACGCAAGCAACAACAACAGCAUCACCAGCUGCAGAGGCAUAAACAUAAAUGUGUAAUUAGUUGAAUUAUACACACACGCACACAAAAGAAAAAAGAAAAGUAAUUUUUGAAAAUUUUAUGCUUUUGGAAGUGAAAAAAAUUCCUAUUUAAAGUGAAUAAACAAAGUACAUCUUAAAACAAAAGUAAAUUGUAUGGGUAAAGGUCCAAUUUAUUUCAGAGAAAUACUAUCACCUAACAAAUUCUGCAGUCCGAAAUAAAUUGUUGAUCGCGUGUUCAAAGGCGCACGCGCCCACUACUUAACACAUUAACAGCUAAAUAUUAUUGUGAGUGUGCGUGUGUGUGUUUUUAUAGAAAGCUGUGCGAGCACACAUCGGAUUUCCGUCUCAGGACCGCUGCUGCGCUUUUGGCGAAAUAUGCGUUACAUUUAAAAAAUUUGCAACCAAAUUAUUUUGGAGGACAGUAAACGCGUCAUCCAAUUAAAGUGAAUAUAAUCCAAUUUCCGUUUCGACGCCGACACCGUCCCCUCUGUCACUCCUAAGCCUUCUGCAGUCCUUUUAUCCUUACUGAAGCAUUUGAGUAAACAUUACACACGCGAUGUUUACUGGAAAAUUACAACUAAAAGUGUGUGAAGCGGUCGGUUUGCGACCAACCGACUUUCAAAAGCGACACAAUUUAGCAUUUGGAAAAUUAGCAGAUGAGCAGACGAUCGAUCCUUAUAUUUCCAUUGAUGUUGAUGAUAAUCAUUUUGAUCGCUCGACAACGCGACCGAAAACAUUUGAUCCGGUAUGGAAUGAGCAAUUCAUACACGAUGUGUCUAAUGCAAAGAACAUUAACUUGACGGUAUUCCACGAUGCAGCACUUCCACCUGAUGACUUUGUUGCCAAUUGCCAAAUACCUUUCGAAGAUAUUAUGCAAAAUGAAACAGGUGUGCUUGAUCUAUGGGUGAACUUAGAGCCGCAGGGUAAACUACAUAUUAUAAUUGAAUUGAAGAACCGAGUUGAUUCGAAUAAAGAUGUGGCUGAAGUGGUUCAGGCGGUGACCCAAAACAAGGAGUUCAAAGAACGCGCUGGCUUUAAUCGUCGACGCGGUGCCAUGAGGCGACGUGUUCAUCAGGUAAAUGGACACAAGUUUAUGGCAACUUUUCUUCGACAGCCGACCUUUUGUUCACAUUGCCGAGAAUUUAUUUGGGGAAUUGGUAAACAAGGCUAUCAAUGUCAAGUGUGCACCUGUGUUGUACAUAAGAGAUGCCAUAGCUCCGUGGUCACUAAAUGUCCAGGCAUGCGCGAAGAGCAAAACACCUUGGAAAUGGCACCAGCUGGUCAACGUUUCAAUGUGAAUGUGCCGCACCGCUUUUUAAUGCAUAAUUAUAAACGUUUUACUUUUUGCGAUCACUGCGGCUCACUCUUGUAUGGUCUGAUUAAGCAGGGUCUACAGUGUACACAAUGUAAUAUGAAUGUACAUAAGCGCUGCCAAAAGAAUGUGGCCAAUACUUGUGGCAUAAAUACAAAAGAAAUGGCCGAAAUACUCAGUUCGUUGGGUAUUUCGCCGGAUAAGCAAGGGCAGCCACGCCGUUCGAAGUAUUUAAAUCAACCGGGUGGUGAUGAUAACUAUAGCUUGAGCGACCGUAGCGAUCAGGGUACGGAAAGCAGCACUUCCACACGCAGUUCGAUGAUGUCGGAACGUUCGGUUACAAGCACUUCGACUGCCAUGACCGGAUUCAGUGCCAUUACAGGGCAAUAUUUUGAUUCUCGUCCAGGAAAGACUUCAUUGUCGGACUUUAAUUUCAUUAAGGUAUUAGGAAAAGGCUCGUUCGGCAAAGUAAUGCUGGCCGAAAAGAAGGAUACGGAAGAGAUUUAUGCGAUUAAGGUGUUGAAAAAAGAUGCCAUUAUACAAGACGACGAUGUUGAUUGCACAAUGACGGAAAAACGUAUACUAGCUUUGGCCGCCAAUCACCCAUUUUUGACAGCAUUACACUCCUGUUUUCAGACUAAGGAUCGUCUAUUCUUCGUUAUGGAGUAUGUGAAUGGUGGUGAUUUGAUGUUUCAAAUACAGAAGGCACGACGCUUCGAGGCCGCACGUGCUGCUUUCUAUGCCGCCGAAGUUACGUUGGCUCUCCAAUUUUUACACUCUCAUGGUGUUAUUUAUCGUGAUUUAAAACUAGAUAAUAUUCUCUUAGAUCAGGAGGGGCACUGCAAAUUGGCCGAUUUCGGCAUGUGCAAGGAGGGUAUUAUAAAUGGUGUUUUAACAACCACAUUUUGUGGCACUCCCGACUAUAUCGCGCCUGAGAUACUAAAAGAGCAAGAGUAUGGGGCAUCCGUCGAUUGGUGGGCGCUCGGGGUGCUCAUGUACGAAAUGAUGGCCGGUCAACCGCCGUUCGAGGCCGACAACGAGGAUGAAUUAUUUGAUUCAAUUAUGCAUGACGAUGUAUUGUACCCGGUUUGGUUAUCUAGAGAAGCCGUAUCCAUUUUAAAAGGAUUCCUAACGAAAAACCCCGAAACCCGUCUCGGGUGCUCUGGUGAUGAGAACGAGAUACGCAGACAUCCCUUCUUCGGUAAAUUAGAUUGGGAUGAACUGGAAAAGCGCAAUAUUAAACCACCUUUUAGACCAAAAAUGAAAAAUCCUCGGGAUGCCACCAAUUUCGACACAGAGUUCACGAAAGAGGAACCAGUACUCACACCCGUACCCAACGAUGUUAUUCGCUGCAUUAAUCAGGAUGAAUUUGCUGGAUUUUCAUUUGUCAAUCCGAAAUUUGGACCUGAACGUAAAGUAUUUUAAGUUGGUUUUUUAAUGUGCGCGCAUGCGCCUGAAGAGUUUAAACUUCUAUGGGAAAAAGCUAAGAAACAGUGCAAAACUUGCAAAUCCAAGAAAGCGGCAAAAACUACUACUACUACUAUUGUGUUUGUUCUCUUUUUAUGUGUACGUAUACAAACGAACAUGCACACAUGUAUACAGAAUGACACACACAGUCACACAGGGUCGCCAGUUGGAAGAAAUUUAUUUAUUUUUUCUUUAUUUAUUUAUUAUUAAUUUUCAUGCGUUGACAUUUAUUUAAGUAUCGAAAGUUUCGUAUUGCGAUGACAUUGUUUGCAAGAGCAAAGUAUAUAUGUGUGGAUACCUGUGUGCUAUAUUGUUUUACGCUGUUAAUCAAUGUGCAGCUACGAUUUUAAAAUUUAAAUUCGCGAAAAGUGAAGUAAAAAAGAAGAACAAAAUAUGCUUAUAUUGUUAACACAACAAACUUUACUCGUGGUAUUCGUUAGCAAAUAAAUAAAUCUAAUGACCAAUAACCGUAGAACACUUGGUUGAAAAUAACAAAAACAAUAAAAUAACGUGCAGUGGUAGAAAAUAUAAAAAAUAAUAAGCAGGAAAUACCUGAUAACAAGCAAAAAAGAAAUUAAUAACAAUUUGCUAACUUGUUUUAGACAUUAUAUAAUAUAAAACAUGCUACUAACAUUGUAUUAUUUUAAAGUUACUGGCCAUCUAAGGAUUGCGACUAAAAAUACUACCUUUUUAAGCAUAAAGUCCCAGGCUAAGCAUUAGCAACAAGUAGAAGCCCUUUUCAUUUAGCCAACUGCAAGCAUUUGAGUUUCUACCAAAACUUUUGCAUAAUUUUUCGAUUUUUCAUGCGAUUUGGCUAAGGGGUUCAUACUAGCAUUACUAUUAAUGUGUAGAGCCAGAGAAAACUUGUGUAUUAUUUAAUUAGUGGUUGAAUUGAAGGAAGCGAAAAAGAAAUCAGCGUCGCCAUAUUUUCCAAUCAAGUUACUAAUGUCAAAUAUUGUUCUUUCACUAAAAUUAAUCGGCCUUAUUUUGUGUAACUCGUUAUACUCGUGCAACAUUUUGCACAAAUUAUUAUAAUUGUUAUCUGCGUUUUAUUACAUUAAUUACAUUGCAAGCGAAUGAAGGAGCCUAAUUUCUUCAGUAUUCGUAGACAAUAUUUGAAAACUCGGAAUACUACAACCAUUUUUUACAUUAACGAAAGCGUUUUAAUUCCAUUAAAAUUUAUUUAUGAAACGCUUUAAAUUUAAUUUAAAUGAAAUGAUCAACGGUGGUUGAAAUAAAAUUAAAAUCGCCAAGCAUAUAUUUUUACAGUAAAAUAUAAAAAAUUGUAAUUAGCCAAGAGUUUUUAAUUCAAUAUCGUUUCGACACAUACAUACAUACAUAUAAGUAUACAUGUAUGCUGACGUUUUGAAUAUUCGUAACAAGUAAUGAGCAUUAGUUGCUUGCCUUGCAUUAUUAUAUUGCUUAUGUUAUGUUUAUGUGUUGAUGGACAUUCAACGAAAUUAUAAAAAAUUUAAUUAAUGAAAAUUUUUGUUUUACUUAUUAUUGUUAAUUGAUGUUGUUUUCAAUUCUCUAAAACAACGAAUGUUAAAAAUCAUUCGUCAAUCUAGUCAAAUUGUGUUUAAAAACGCACGCACACACAUAUAAACACACAAAUCCAUGUAUAAAUGAGUAGAUAAUAAUUAUUACGUAAAUGCAUUUGAAAUACCUACAUAUUGUUGAACAAUUUUUUUUAUAAUUUUAGUUAUUAAUGUGCAAAGUUGAAUUUAAUUUAGUAUUUUAUUAUUAUUUGUUUUUAAUUAUAUUAUAAGUACUUGCAUUAUUUUAAAAACCAUACGAACAAAUACAACUGUUUUUAUUAGUAUUCCCAAUUUAUUACAACAACUACAACUAUACAUAUAUAUAUAUAUUUUAAUUAAUUUGUAAUUUAAAAUAAAAACACGCCUUGAAAUGUUCUACACGAGUAGUAUUUACAACUGAAAACAAAACGAACACAUUUUUUUUUAAAUAAACAUUUACUGCUCCUUCUUAUCUUAACAUUGUGCUAAAGCAACUUUUCGACUACACUUAAAAAUGAUUAUUGAAUGAAUAUCUCGAAAUGAGUGUGGAAAUUCAACAAAAUUGUGAAAAGCAGCGAAAUAUUUGCUGCUCUAAAAAUUUACACAUAAAUAAAUUGAGAGUGUUACAAACAGUCGAAUUUAUAUAUUUUUUAUGCUUUUACUUCGUGCCAUGGUGAAUUACUCGCUAUCAAUCAGUUUUGAAGUCUGCAAGAACUAAAUUUUUUCGACUUGUAAAUUAAAAUAUAUUUGAUAAAUGCAGUUUUGGUAAAAAUUGUGUGAAUAAAUAUUUUUUAGAAAAAUUUCAAAGGCGGUUGAUACCUGGUCAUUAUUUAAAAACCUUAUUUCAUCCGCAGCACUUUUUCAUUUUUACUUUUUAAUUAAAAGUAAUUGCUUUACUGCAAAGUAGUUGGCAGCGCUAUGUAUUUUUACAAUUAUAUGUAUUUUAAUGUAAAUACGCACAAAUAUAAAUCAGUUGAAUUAAAAAGAAAGUAUUAAAAUGAUAUUAUCAAUUGUUAUCCUUUGGUGUAUUUAUAAAAUACACGUUAACAGUUUUUUUGCUAAUUUAUUUUGUAUAUUCUAAGUACGACAAGAAACUAAUCAGAAACUUUCAAUUUUCCCGCUUACAGGUUUUGUAGAAGCUUUUGUUGUUAAAUGUAAUCAAAAUUAUUUUAAAUUUUGGUAUGUAUUGUAAUAAUUACAUUUGUAAAUUGUCCUUUAAUUGGGGACAGCGAAACGAAGUGGUAUCAAGUAUAGCAAAUUGUAAUGCCAAUAAUAACAAUGUUAUAAAUAGUUUAUAUAAAGUUUGUCAACUGCAAAUAACACAAUAAGUUUGCAUGAAAAAAAAUUAGUAAAAAUAAUAUUAAAAGGUAAAAAGUUAAAAAUUAAAUCAAAUAAUGCGAAAAAUAUAUUUAAUUUUAUAUACGAAGCAUUAUAUAUUACACAAGAUUCUCAACAAAACGGUGCAAACAAAAUAAAUAUCAUAAUAUAACAUAAUGAAAGUGUUCUAUGUUAAAAGCUAAUUAUUGAACAUAAAAAUAAUGUAUGCAAAAAACACACACACUUAUGCGUGUAUAUGUAUGUAUAUACAUGCGCAAAUAUUUUAGCUAAGACAGAAAACAACAGUUUAGAACAAUUGUGUAUGUUGCAUAAGCACCUACUUAUAUGCAUAUACACGCAUAUAUAGAUUAAAAACCAAAACCGCAAAAAAAAACAAACAACAAUUAAAUGUUAUGCAAAGAAACACUAAUGGGCAGUUGAAUUGAAACCAACAAACCAAAAAUUAUAAUGUACAAGUAUGUUAUCUAAUCGAAACCCUGUUUAAAUGAAACCGUAGUUUAGCGGUUAUGAAUUUUAGGUUUUAAAGGAAAACAAUUAAUGCUAAGCAUGUCAGUAAAAUGGUCUAAUUCAUAGCAUUAUAUACAAAUUUAAUUAAACACAAAGCGGCAUAAACACAGCUAAAAAGCGUGUGCGGCGUAUGGAAACCCGUAUAUUCAAAUUCUUAUACAAGUUAAAAAAAAACAUCAAAAAUACAACAAAAUAAAUGAUGUAAAAUUUAACA